CUGUAAUGACAUCACAAUAACACAUGCGAUGCGUAAACAUAACGUGAUUUAAAUCAAAACACGUGUUCAUUGUCUUCGUGUCCAACCAUGGAUCAGAUGAGUGAUGAUAAUAACGCCAACGACUCGUGUGGCGAACCAAUCGCUGAACGGGAGGUGACGGCCGACCAGAGGGACGACCAAUCGGUCGCUGAAGAGGAGACAAACAGCUCUAAGAAACGAAAAUCUGGCAAAAAAGUGGUCAAAAUCGGUGACAACACGAAGAAUAAGAGAGGAAUCGUUUACUUAAGUUACGUACCGAUGGGUCUGAACGCCACGCGAUUGCGACAACUGAUGGCAGAGUACGGAGAAGUGAACCGAAUAUUCCUCCAGAAGGAGAAGUCCGCCAACGAGUCGGCGAAGAAGCAGAGGAGGGCGUCGGUCAAGAAGUCCUACAACUGUCGGUACGUCGAGGGGUGGGUGGAGUUCCGCAAGAAAUCGGUGGCCAAACUGGCGGCCGGUGUCCUCAAUGGCCAACAGAUUGGCGGCAAACGGCGGACCAAAUUCUACGAUCAGAUCUGGAGUUUGAAAUAUUUGCAUAAGUUCAAAUGGAGUCAUUUGGCGGAACAGUUGUCGUACGAGAAGGCGUUGACACAACAGAAGCUGAGGUUUGAGAUCUCGAGGGCGAAGAAGGAGACCUCGUUUUACGAACAAAUGACACAUAAAUUCAAAUAUCAAUCCAAACACAAGACCGCCGAUGAGGGUAGUGGUGAGACCUCUGCGCGCGAUCGCCGCCAUUACAAGCAAAGGGUCACCGAUGAGCUGAUCCGCCAAAACAAGUCCACUAACAGUGAUGUGGACUUUGAGCUGUUGAGCAAAAUAUUCAAAUAACGCACAAAACAAUAGUUUUAAUUGUUUUUAUCACAUCUUUAUUUAUAAAUUUGGGUUUUGAUUGUGAAAUGAGAGCACAAAAUAUAUAUAUUAAAUAAAAAAGAGGACUAAAAGUGGUUCCGAUAUUUCAAUAUAAAGAUUAUAUAAUAAUAUAGAUCUGUGUUUGGGAUGAGUUUAAGGUUUUAUUUUCGCGGA